AUGGCGUCCAGAGACCAUACUUUCCAUUUUCCCAUAGUUGAGGUGACCGUUACCCUUCAGGAUGUAGAGGUCAUUCUAGGCCUUAAGGUGGAUGGGGAGCCGGUUACUGGACCUGAGGUCAAGCCUGAGAAUAAGUCAUGGGGUCCAUAUUUGUUGUGGUUGUUCGGAUUUUGCCUCAGUGAGGCCCAUGUGGCAGACGGAAAACUCUAUCUCACUGAUCUGUACGCUCACUUGAAUAAUGCCAUAUCUUCGACGGCAUCAAUGGAGGAACACCUACAGCGGGUCCGUUGUCUAGUGCCAUGUAUGUUAGGAGGUUUACUGUUCCCUGACUCAAAUAGGGAUAGUAUCCCGUUUCUUUUGGUAGGCCCACUAGAAGACGUUGAGAGUUGA